CACCCCAGCACACACCUUGGCUCACAGCUAUGGGGAGAGUAGUAUGGGGUGACCUAUGCAACCAUGGCUGCCUGAGGGCCGGCAGGACCUGGGUGCACAGCGAGAUGGGGCGGAGCUGUACCUGGCACAGGUGAGCACACCCUGCAGAAGGAAAUGCCGCACAGCGGACACCUCCACGCAACGGGGCUCCCGGCCCCCACCGCACCAAUGGAGCCCACGGUGAAUAUCUUUGAGACACAGGGUCCGAUCACCCCCCAGCCUUGGGCAGAGCCCCCAGCCCCCAGCCCACCCCGUGACACCUGGGCUGGACGACACACCUUCCUGCUCUCCUGCCUGGGCUACUGCGUGGGGCUGGGCAACGUCUGGCGCUUCCCCUACCUGUGCUACCGCAAUGGAGGAGGCGUCUUCCUCAUCCCCUACUUCCUCAUGCUGAUCCUGGUGGGGCUGCCACUCUUCCUGAUGGAGCUGAGCCUGGGGCAGUACGGGGCUGCGGGGCCCAUCACCGUCUGGAAGUGCUGCCCCAUCCUUCAAGGCGUUGGUGUGGGGAUGCUGGUCGUGUCCUCCCUGGUGUCCAUCUACUACAACGUCAUCAUCGCUUGGGCGUUCUACUACCUGGGCUCGUCCUUCCGCAGCCCCCUGCCCUGGUCCUGUGAUGCCCCCCGGAAUGCUGAGCUCUGCCAGAAUGCAUCAGGGAAUGCCACCCAUGCCAGUGCCAGUGAGGCUUUCUGGAACGAGCAGGUGCUGGGGGUGACACACAGCUCUGGCCUUGGUGACCCCGGCCCUGUGCAGUGGCUGCUUGCACUGUGCCUGCUGGCAGCCUGGCUCCUGGUCUUCCUCUGCAUGUUAGGGGGCAUCCGCAGCUCAGGCAAGGUUGUGUACAUCACGGCCACGUUCCCCUACCUGAUCCUCUUCGUCCUCAUCAUCCGUGGGGCCACGCUGCCUGGCUCCCUCGAUGGCAUCCGCUUCUACCUCUCCUCGGAUUGGAGCAAGCUGAUGAGCGCACAGGUAUGGAGCGAUGCGGCCUCGCAGAUCUUCUACUCGCUGGGCAUUGGCUUCGGGGGGCUGCUCUCCAUGGCCUCCUACAACAAGUUUGACAACAACGUUGUCCGUGAUGCUCUCCCUGGCAGGGACACCCUGGUCAUCGCCAUUGGGAACUGCUGCACCAGUUUCUUCGCUGGCUUCGCCAUCUUCUCGGUGCUGGGACACAUGGCCUUGAAGAAGGACAUCCCUGUGGGCAGCGUCGCUGAUUCUGGCCCAGGGCUGGCGUUCGUGGCGUACCCUGAGGCUCUCUCCCUGCUGCCUGGUUCCCCGUUCUGGUCCAUCCUCUUCUUCCUGAUGCUCUUCAUGCUGGGAGUGGACACUUUGUUUGGGAACAUCGAGGCCAUCACCACCGCCAUCAUGGAUGAGUUCCCAGCCCUGCGGGAGCGGGGGAGGAAGAUGAUACUCCUGGGUGUGCUCUGCUUCUCCUUCUACCUGCUGGGGCUCCUCCUCGUCACCCAGGGUGGCAUCUUCUGGUUCACCCUCAUUGACACCUACAGCACCAGCUUCGGGCUGAUCAUCAUCACGCUCCUCAUGUGUGUCGGCAUCGUCUGCUGCUACGGCAUUGGGCAGUUCUGCCGGGACAUCGUGACUAUGAUCUGCCACUGCCCGCCAUGGUACAGCCGUGUGCUGGGCUGCUUCAAGGUGUGCUGGGUCUUCCUCACCCCCUGCCUGCUGCUGUUCACACUCAUCUACACGUUCCUGGAGAUGUACAGCGUUCCCCUGCACUACGGCAGCUACGAGUUCCCAGCAUGGGGCACCAGCCUGGGGGUCUGCAUGGGCGUCCUCAGCUGUGUGCAGGUCCCCAUUGGUGCCAUCAUAGCCCUCUGCCACCAGACCGGGACACUGAGUGAUCGCUUCCAUAAAGCCAUGCAGCCCCUCCACUCCUGGGGGCCGCCCGCUGCCAGCACCGAGGCCGUCAUGGAAUUGCCCUUCAGCAUCACCCUGAGUGACAGCGACUUCACCGCACCGCCAUACAGCGAGAGCUGAGCCAGAGCCGUGAAGAACCCUGUGAACAUCCUGAGCCUGGAGCUGGAUGGCCCAGGCUGGGCCUGGAGCUGCAGCACACCGCUGCAAUGGGCUGUUCUGCAGCUCAUCAUCCCCACACACUGCUGGACGGGACAGGUGAGGAUGAGUCCAUGUGGCAGAGCCUCCCUUGAAGGCCAUCGGGUCCCCGUGGGUGCUGUCCUCAGCCUGCAGCUGGUGCCCAUCCAUCCUUCCUAUGGGCACCCAGCCCCGCACUGCAGCUCUCCCUGCACACACCGCCUGCCCCGACCCUCCCAUUUGGGAUCCCACACCUCCGUGGGGCAGUUAGAGAGCACAGCUGGCGCCUGCUGCUAAAAUAGACUACAUGCUUUAUUGGAUUGAAAAGUUUUAUGAAAUGACCCCAAAAAUAAAACAAAAGAAACCGA